AUGCACGAAGGGACAGACACGUAUCGAUCCCGAACGUUCGAGAUAACCGCUCAAAUCUCGACGAGAUCAGCACCGGCCACACCUAGAGCCUUCAAUAGCCAGCGCCAGGCCUGCGCGAUCUCCUCCACCCUCUCUACAUCAGGUUCACCGGAAUGGGACUUCCUACCUUUUGACCAAAUCCUCUGGCAACAACUCCUCUUUGCUUUCAAAUCAACGCCGUCCAAUCGCCAAUUCCGACUUGGACCCCUCCAUCCUGUUUCUGCUCCUGAAAGCCAACGAACCUAUACACCUUCCGAAACAACGCCGCCAACAUUUGCAAGCGAACGAACGACCCCUCAUUCACCCAGCCGACGACCAGAAGCAAAAGCAGCACUCUCGGACCCUGGAGACGAGAAGCCCUCGACGCCACCAUGCACAUCCGCCUUGGAAGAGAGACACUUCCAACGGAGACACUCUCCGGAUCCCUGUCGAUGA